CCGCAUCUAUAGCGAUUGCUCACUCUGACACUUCGGUUCCCGGGUACGCCUGCACGGUGACAUUAGAGUUGCUUCUGCUGCUUGAUGAAAUCAGUUGACAGACAAACUUCAUACUUCCGGAUUGACCUCAUCUUAGCCCUGGCCGGAGUAGCUUAAAUAUCGCCCUUCUUUGGCUCGCUCAUUGACAAUGUGAGACAAGACCAUUGACCACCGUACGGAUCUUCGUGAAGAUAUCUGUAGCAAAAAUAGCAAAAAUGCCUUGUAAGCUAGCGAUAACGUCAAUGUCUCUCGGGCGGUGUACCGCGGGCCACUCCCUCGUUCAUAAGCUGGAUAUGGCUCGGCUAUACGGUUACAGAGGCGUCGAGCUCUUCUACGAAGACCUCCUAGACGUGGCGCGACAGCUACCCGAAGACACGGCGGUGGACAACGAACUUGAGGCAGCUCACAUCAUUCGCAGGCUCUGCCAGGAGAGGCGGCUCGCGAUCGUGUGCCUCCAGCCUUUCGCACACUACGAGGGAUUGCUGGACCGCCAGGCGCACCUCGGGCGCUUAGAGCAGCUCUUGUUCUGGUUCCGGCUAGCGAGAGCCUUGGGUACCGACAUGGUGCAGAUCCCGUCCAACUUCCUUCCGGCCUCCGAACUUUCAGAAGACCCUCGCGUCGCCGUCGAAGAUCUGAGAAAGGUGGCCGAUAUGGGCCUCCAGCAGAAGCCGCCGAUUCGUUUCGUGUACGAGGCGUUGUGCUGGGGUACACGUUGCGAUCUGUGGGAGCAGAGCUGGGAAAUCGUGCAAGCCGUCGACCGGCCCAACUUCGGCCUCUGCCUCGACACGUUCAACAUCGCCGGACGUAUCUACGCCGAUCCCUCCUCGCCGACGGGCCGCACCCCUAACUGCGACCAGGCCGUGAGAGAAUCGAUAGCUCGCCUCGUAGCUACCAUAGAUCUGAGAAAGGUGUUCUACGUACAAGUAGUCGACGCCGAGCGGUUGGCGGAACCGCUGAUAGAAGGACACGAGUUCUACGACGCCGAACAGCCGGCGCGGAUGAGCUGGUCUCGGAAUUGCAGACUCUUUUACGGCGAGAAGGACCGCGGCGCAUAUCUUCCGGUGGUGGAGAUAUCUCGAGCGAUCUUCCAGGGGUUAGGGUUCGAAGGAUGGGUGAGUAUGGAACUGUUCAACAGAAGGAUGUCGGACGAGGACGAGGUGGUGCCCCAAGAACUAGCAAGCCGAGGCGCCGUCGCUUGGGCAAAGCUUGUCAAGGACAUGAAGCUGAGGGUCGACGCCCCUGUCUCCGAGAGGAUGGUCGCAUGGCUAUGAUCGGUACAAUAACACUAUAGUCGAAAGGGAGUUGGGACAAUGACGUCGUUGAAGAGGCUCCAAUUCGAGCUCCAUCCCUUAAUUAACGUCUAUUGGUAUCCAUAUAUUAGGGUAGUACAGCACAUACAUAAUGUUAACGGUCCCGUUUCAAUAUCUCA